CAUUCAUAACUAUACAUGGACAAGAUCCCAAACAUUACCUCCCUCUCUCUCCUCUGUCUCGCUCUCUCCCAGGUAGUGAGUUUGGUCAUGUGAUCUAGCAGGGUAAAGGUGGACUGUAAUUCUGUCCCGCUGACUGAUUCCACUCUGACAGCCACUCAGCGAGGUGCCUCAGACGCUUUACCUGACUUAACUUCCUCCCAGCCGGCCUCAACUCCACUGGGACCCCAGCUGCCAUGUCCAUCAGCCGGAAGAACUGGUCGGCUCUGUCCCGUCUGGCCCGCCAGUGGACAGUGGAGGAUGAAGAGGAAGUGGAAAGGGAGAGGAGGAGGAAGGAGAGGAGCUAUAGCAGCACUGACCCCGACAAUGACCUUUCACCUGAAAACGACCUUUCUCCCCGACACACCCCCGGAAACCAACCCACCAAUGACAACGCUCCAAGCAUCACCAGUGCGGAGCUGCUCCAGCUGGACUUUGAGGAGAUGCUCAGUGUUCGAGACGAGAGGAGGAGGAACAGACACAUAGAGACUCUCAGACGACAGAAAGGAGAGGAGGAGGGGAGAGAUGGAGGGGAGGAGGGGAGAGAUGGAGGGGAGGAGGGGAGAGUGGAGCUAUUGGGGGAUGUGGAGGAAGGGGGGGAGACAGACACCUCCAAUAGACACCCCCAUCCAACCUUCACCCUCAACCCCACCCUCAUCCAUAUCUUCACCCAUACCGUCAACCCCUACCAACCCCUUAGACAGACAGCAGCAGAAUGGUUCUCAGGACCCAGGCCCAGACUCCAAACUUCCCUUCAAGUUUGUCAGUUCUCUGUCCAUCUCCUUUGAUAAGAGUCCCUCCCCAGCGGGCAUACAAGUCCCAUGAGCCCCCUUUCUCCCACAACGCCGCUGUCCCCCGCUAGAGGAGCUCAGAGCCCCACCCACUACGGACACACAGAGGGCAGUGUGGAUGGAUCCUCAGUUAGUUUGGAGCAGACGGCCAGACCAGCCUUCGCCAGACAGAGCUCUAGGACCGUCUCCUUCAGGAUGCUGGAGGAA